UUUUGAUUCAAGUGUCAGAAUUCCUAUAUUGCCGAUUUCAUUAAUUAUAUCAACAAAAUAAAAACAACUUAAAAGUUUUAUAAACCUACAAUAAUAAGAACAAAUUAAUUUAAUGAAAACUGAAAUAAAUUUCAUAUAAAACAAAAAUGCAAGUAACAUCAACAAAAGAGUCGCUUUCACAAGCUCUACAGAGCAAAAUUAUACCAAACCAGGAAUAUUUGCUGCAAGGAUCUAUUGUUGAUUCAGCGGUCGACCAUUUGCUCCAUAGAUUAAAAGGACUUUGUGAUAAUGUAGACGCUGGACUAGAACAAUUUCAUGAUUUAGAAGUCUGUCUCAGUCUGAGGCCGCCCAACCAAAUGCAACCUCUUCUACUUAGGGUUCGACGUGCAUUAGACAUGGACAAAAACAAUCCCUUCCAAUUGAGAUACAUUGGUCAGCCCGAACUGGAUCGAGCUCGACCUACUCUGGUACGAUCGAGUAUUGAUAUGGGUUGUACGUCAACUGUUCUUGAGUUCCUUACAGAACUCGGCUGUCGGAUAGAUUUUGAAUAUGUCAGUCGAGGUUACAUGUUCCGAAAGGGAAGAAUGAAGAUCACCGUUGCAAAAAUUAUUAAAAUCACUCCUGGGAAGCAAGAAAUGAAUGAACCAAUUUCUCAGAGUUAUUUAGUUGAACUUUCGGUUCUAGCUCCUAAUGGACAAGAUGCUAUCGGAGACGAAAUGCGCGCCUUUGCUGAACAACUUAAGCCACUGGUGCAAUUAGAUAAAAUUGAUUAUAAACGAUUACCAUAAAUGUAAAGAGUAUCCUUUCCUUGUAAUAAUAAUUAUAUAAUUUAAAAACA